AUGUCAUAUUCAUCUCAAGCACCACCUUAUUAUUCUUCAACUCCAAUAGAAAAUGAAAAUGUUCCUAAUGUUGGACUUGAUGAAUUUUCUGAUUUUUCUACAGAAAUAGCUCUUGGUGGCAUGAACGGUGGUCAUGAAGCCACUCCAAAUGCAGAGGAUUCAACUCCUGUUAAAAAAUCUCAGCCACCGCGACACCGACACCCGUGGUGGUUUGAGUCCGAAAAUGGCCGUAAAACGUAUCAUCUAACUCACAGUCAUGUCUUGACCUCAUAUACUCCUCUUUAUCUCACUUGGAAUCAUUCGUGGAAUUGCCUCUUUGAUCUCAACCUACCAGCGACCACCGUAUUGAUUCGUCGUAACCUCUUUCAACGUCCCAGUCACGAUUUCAACCUCUCCACGCGUUCGCCAUCAACUUCGCAAUCUUGGUCCUUCUCACUUAACACACAUCAAGAUGCAGAAAAACGGAUAAACGAUAAAGUUCGACGUCGUUUACCUACCGGAAAGAGUCUGGUGCUCCUUCAAACGAUAAAACUUCUUCGAUUCACUUCAUCUCUACUUUUAAAUUUCUUCUAUGAUUUUGUUUCUAUUGUGGUGUUGUUGUCGAUGUUUGAAGCAGAUGAUAAUGAUGAUUGCUUAACGAUGUUGAUGAUGAUUGUUGCGGAUUAUUGA